CGUCGGAGGCGCAACGAGCGGCUUCUCCUUCUUGUUCUCUUCCUUCCUCCUUUCCUCGGGUGACAGCCCUUUCUGCCGGGAGCCCUUCUUUUGUUGCCUCCGCAGCCAAUCAAGGCUUUUGACGACACAGUUCAGUUGGGAUAUAAAAGGAGAGUCCGUCUUUCUUCGCUCGGCGCCCCCCUUCCCCUCGCUCGCCUGCCUUCCUUCCUUCUUCCUUCCUUCCUUCUCCGAGGCAGCAAGUCACCCGCCGCCUCCCGAGAAAGAAGCCGGAGGAGGAGAAGUGGGAGAAGGAGGAAGAGGAGGAGGAGGCGCCCCCUCCACUGACCCCCGGCCCGGGAGAAAGAGAAAGCGAGGGAGGGGAGGGAGGGAGGGCGGCAGGGAGGCUGGGAGGGGAAGCCAUGCGGGCGCCCCGGUCCCUGCUGUGGCUGCUGGUGCUGCUGGCUUUGGAGGUGGGCGCCGGCGAGAAGGCGAAGGCAAAGGCGGCCUCCUCCUCCUCUUCAUCCUCCUCCUCCUCUUCGCCGGUGCCGGUUCCGUCUUCGGCGGGCGCGGAGGGGGACCCCGGCGGGCCGGGCUGCCCGGUGUGCCUGUGGCGGCAGCACAGCAAGGAGCUGCGCCUGGAGAGCAUCAAGUCGCAGAUCCUGAGCAAGCUGCGGCUGAAGGAGGCGCCCAACAUCACGCGCGAGGUGGUCAACCAGCUGCUGCCCAAGGCGCCGCCGCUGCAGCAGAUCCUCGACCUGCACGACUUCCAGGGGGACGCCUUCCCGCACGACGCCGACUUCCUGGAGGAGGAGGAGGACGAGUACCACGCCACCACCGAGACCGUCAUCAGCAUGGCCCAGGAGACGGACCCUGUUGUACAGAUUGAAGGCAAUCCACACUGUUGUUUCUUCAACUUCAGCCCCAAGAUUAUGUUCACUAAGGUAGUAAAGGCGCAGCUAUGGGUGUACCUGAGACCUGUUCAGCAUACCUCCACAGUCUACUUACAGAUCCUGCGUCUCAAGCCAGUGACAGAGGAUGGUAGUCGCCACAUCCGCAUCCGCUCACUCAAGAUUGACCUGAAUUCACGCAUUGGCCACUGGCAGAGCAUUGACUUCAAACAUGUGCUGCAGAACUGGUUCAAGCAGCCUCAGAACAACUGGGGUAUUGAAAUCAACGCUUUUGAUCCCAAUGGCAAUGAUCUGGCUGUCACCUCGCUGGGGCCUGGCGCCGAAGGCCUGCACCCCUUCAUGGAGCUGCGUGUGUUGGAGAACAACAAACGGUCUCGUCGGAAUCUGGGACUAGACUGUGAUGAACACUCCACCGAGUCCCGUUGCUGCCGUUAUCCACUGACCGUUGACUUUGAGGCUUUUGGCUGGGAUUGGAUUAUCGCCCCCAAGCGGUACAAAGCCAACUACUGUUCAGGCCAGUGUGAAUACAUGUUUAUGCAAAAAUAUCCUCACACCCAUUUGGUGCAACAAGCCAACCCACGGGGGUCUGCUGGGCCUUGCUGCACACCCACCAAGAUGUCCCCCAUUAACAUGCUGUACUUCAAUGACAAACAGCAGAUCAUCUAUGGCAAAAUUCCUGGCAUGGUUGUCGACAGGUGUGGAUGCUCUUAAACCCCCUACCUGUCCUGUCACUCCCUUCUUUUGAUCUCUUUGGAUUCCUGCUUCAAUGAUGCACCCUGACAAAUAGCAUUUGAAACAUUUUUGGAGAGAAAAUGAUCGUGGGAAAAGAACAAGGUGAAUAGAAUUGUAUUGAAAAUCUCUGAAGUGACAUCAUGCACUGUGCAAUAAUCAAAACAGACGUCACGUUUCUGGAAAGUGGAUGAGUUGGCUUGGAUCACUACUUUCCUCCCUGAGGCAAAUCUGGAUCAAGCAUUCUUCUCUUCUCCUCCAAAACCCUUCCUUUGACCUAUUACUGCUCAAGCUUUACUUUUACUGGCAUCCUUGCUUUCUUCCCAACCCCUUUCUCUCUUGACCUGGGAAGCAAAAAAAUAUGGGUUUUAUCGUGAAAAGAUCAUCCAAAAGAGAGAAGACCUUCAACCCGUUUACAAACAGUGAAAGCUUCCUAGAUUGUGAUUAAGUUAAAUAAAAUGUUGUAUGGAGCUAUAACAGAUAAAAUAGGGGGGGAAGAGGUAAAUAUUUUGUAUUAAGAUGAAGAAGGAAACCAGCCAGCUUGGGAAAGAUUUGGCAUUUUGUUUUGUGGGUGGGAGGGGGAGGGAGAAUAUAGUCUGGGAAUUGGGGAUUGUUGAACCUGCCUGCCUUUUGAGAGACAGAAACCCUGAAGAGAUGGAAAGCUCCAAAAAUGCAAACUGACAUCCACUUAAAUGCUUUCCUGCAUUGACUGCAUGGUUGCAAGAGAUGGUGAUGGAAUGGAGGUGUAGGCUGUAGUUACAUGGGUGUUGAAAUGACUGACUGGAGGUUAAACUGCCAAUUCUAGCUGACUUGGAUGCUCCAAGCAGAUAGGAUCCAACAUUCUUCAUCUCCAUUGCCUGUAAAAAUGAUGAACCCAACACAGCGAAUUCAAGAUACAUAUGUCAAUUCAGAACCCAUUUUAAAGCAGUAGGAAAAACACCCUGGGGGAGAUUGGACCCAUCUAGGUUUCCUCCUCCUUCUGCCCUUCUGAAGAAGUAUAUUGUACAUCACUACAAGAAAGGUUUCUAGAAGAUGCAGUUGAGUGAAAACAAAAUUACUUUUAUUUAUUUUAGCAACAGAACCUUUGUACUUAAAGGACCACUUUUGCCUAACAUUUCAGUGGAAGGAAUAUAUAUCCAUGAAUGUAAAUACUACAGAACUAGUGAUUAGCCUUUGCUAACAGCAGAACUAGAUUAGACCACUAGUUCCUUUGGAUGGCUUGCAGUUUGUUUUUUUAAACUGGGCAGUGUAGUGUUGCCUUUAUACUGCAAGUUUUUUAAUAAGACAGCAAUUUUUGAAUAGUGGCAUAGGUUGCUCUAUAUUUCUACCUGCUCCACUGGUAAAUCAAUGUUUUUUCUAAAAAUAUAUUAAAUGCACUUAAGUAGAUUUUUACUUCAUUUCCAAACUUCCAUGACACUGCUAUAUGAAUUUCCUUCCAUUACAGAGCUUAUAGCUUUGCUUCUACUAUUUGAACCAACAGGAUGGCAGAGGAGAACGAAACAUAUGGCUUAAGGGAAUAGAACAUUAACUCACAACAGUCUUGUUUCAAAGCUACUGGGAAGUCAGUGCUUAGACUGGACAUGUGGUUCAUAAUCUUGAAAUUCAAGGAGUUGGAUUGGCAGGCAGUAAAGUUUGAGUGGAAGAAAUUACUAUGUUUAAUGGUCCGGUAACAACUGUUGUUUAAAGUUAGUUAUUACAGCUUGGAUUUUCAGUUCAAAUAUAUCAUACUGCAAACUGGAACCCAAAAUAUAAUCCAUUACUGGGUUAUUAGUUCAAAUCUAGUAUGUGAACUAAAAACAUUUGCUUGUAGUGGGGGAUUAGUGUUCAGCCACGCCCUGCUGAAUUUCCAUUUGUGAAUGGGACAAAAGCUUGUUCUGUCAGGACUAUAAGAAGCCACAUUAUAGACCAGGAUAGCCACUGAAUUAUUGUUCUCAAGGGCUAAAGCACUUUGACAGAUGAGAUGACAUAUAUAGUAGAUUUCACUUCAUGCAAAGCAUUCAUUACAUCAUAUCUAUUCAAAUAGAGGGACAAGUUAGAUAGAAGAAAGCUCUUUAUAAUGAAUAGGUGACCCCUUAUGGCACUUGAAAAGUAGACUAACAUGCCUCUAUUUGUGAGGUCAAGGUAUGGAUUAUAUUAAAACAUGAAGUUGUUUUUGCAGACUGUUCAUCAUAUUACUCCAGCUAAUUUAUGAUGCAAAACUUGUAAUUGAUUUUUUUUUCCUGAAAGAGGAAAGAAGAGACAGGAAAAUAAGAAUUCGCUCUGAAGCAGGCAGACUGGAAUAAACACCGUGGCAUUUUUUACUUCCCUUUUGCUGUUUUCAUGACAGUAUGAAAUCAGGAUCCCUGUUUCUCCAGAGUUCAGCUGUUCCUGCUGCUCUAGGGCUUGUUUCUCCACAUCUCUGCUUGGGCUGUCUAGGGAGCUGCUGUGUGAUAUGAUGUAACCCUUCAGAAAUGCCUAGCCUGAGUCUGGAACCCAGGGGUGGUGGUGACAGACUGGAGGGGAGUCUGUAGCAGACCCAAGGCCAAGUAUUUAUUUAAAAUUUUCAGCAUAGAGGAUUUGGAGCCAACCAUCAACAAAUAUGCCAAGAUUACAGUUCUUCCAUUACAUUAAAUUACCCCUCUGAUUUUUUUUCUGAAUUGACUUUUUGACAGAAAUACUGUUUAUGGAUAGGAUGGAUAUUAGUAAAUGGGGAAGAAGAGUCAAGCGAGGCCACCAGAAACUAAUAGAUCCUAUAGCCUUUUCAAUUCUAGCACUUAUUAUAUAAGAGCUGACAUAUGAAUCCCAACAACUAGCCCAACUCUUAAAUGCAGCAAUGUUGGUUAUUCCUAUGUUAGUCAAUACAAUGUUUGCCUUCCUACUUUGAAGUUGCGGAGUACGAGAACAGUGAGAAAUGCAGACAUGAAAGCUUGAAUGAAGAUGCAUAAGAUGAGAUGCUGUGGAAAUGUUAAGCUCCCCAAUCUUAGCACUUCUCAUGGGUUUAAACCCUAAAUCCCAAAGAAGGGAACAGUCCCUAGCCCAAGGUUGCACAGGGAUCAGCUUUUCUGGUCCUUUUUUAAACUACACUGCCUUUCUCUCUCUUUCUCCCUUUAGCACUUAAAGAUUGAAGCGCUUCAACCUUUUCAAAAGCACUCAUCAUACAUGCCUUCUCAGCUUGCUGAGUAUGCACUAAAUUACACAAAUGUGUUAACUGCUUGGUAUAAAUGAAUUUGAGAGCAUACAUUACAUACAGGAAAAUCACUCAGGAAAUGGAAAUCUAUGAGGAGAUUUACAACAAGACUCCCUGGGCCUGCAGGGAGUCUUGUUGGAUAACCUGCUUUGAGUUAUCCUUUAGGAUUUGAAGACUGCAUGCCACCAUGUGAUGUAUUUGCUACCUGUGUUCUCACUGUCCCAUUGGUAGACCAUAAAGCUUUAAGAAAUUUAAAGCCAGAAUAAAAACAUAUUAUAAAUGGUUCUCACAGUAUGCCAUCAAGUUCAACAAAAGGAGGUUGCCAGGAAUAUGAAAGAUACAAAAAUGCUAAUCAUAUUAAUAUGCUUGGCAAUACUGCUAUCCGGUAGAAUUUUCAUUUAAAGCUUUUAAUUUCUGUUUUGAAAUACCCUGGACUGAGAAAGAGAACCAAACCAAAUGCUUGAAAACGAAGAUCUGAGACAUGGGAUUCGUUGACAAGCUGUCACCUCACUGCUGUUUAAAAGCAAAAUACAUGUAAAUAUACUCUAUGAGUUAAACAGGCCAGUUUCAUUUUUGUCUAGGGACUAUUUUGAAAGUAUGCCUACAGUAUUUGCUGAAGAUAAGAAACUGAAUAGGUCUUGAGUAGAUCUUUCCAUUGUUUGGGAGCAGAGAGCUGCAUCACCCUCCGCAUCCAGGGAGAACUCAUGUAUUCUAGUCCCUAUCACCCUUUGCUCUGGGAAGAAUAGACUAUAACAAUAGAACAGAAACUGAGUAGAACUCUAGAUAUAGUUGCACCUGCCAUUUAAGGGAUCUAUGCCACGUGUGGAUUUCAUUGUGCUCUAUUAUAUUAUAAAGACUUGUGUUAGAAGCUGAAAAGGAAGGAAAGUUAGCAAUGUUGAUCUAUAAGACUAUUGUAUUAGGAACGAUAUCAUAAAAAAGAAAGAUGGCAUUGUUCAUCUUUUUUUUUUUUUUUUACAAAUUUGCUUUACCAAUCAGUAAGCAAUCAGAACAACACCCGCUAUCUUUUUUGAUUUUACAAAAUAGUUCCUAACAUUUUGAGGGUAAAAGUAAAAUCCUUGGAUUGAAAAAUGAAUUUCAUCAUAAUCAAGUUAUACAGAUAAUUGUAUGUUGCAAGAGAAUUGUGAAUCAAGCAUGGUGCUAUUUGUUUGAGAGAACCCUUCCCAAUCCCGGUCACUUUCCUCUCCAACCAAUCUAGCAGGUGUUUUUGUGUAGUCUACUUGUAACCAAAGGGCAACUUCAUCAAUGUGUUCCACAAAAUGUUCCUCCUUAAGCCCACUGAAAUCAGCCAGACCUUUACUUUUCUGCUUAUUGUGAUCAGACACUUAAGUCCCAUUAUGCUUUAAGAGGGAGAUGUUCUUAGAUGACCUGCUAUGGCACAAAGCCACAUACUUUGUUAUACACAAUUCCUCUCUGCUGGAGACACAGAGCGGAGAAGUGCAUGACAAAGCUACUUUUCAUGAAGUAUAAUUUUCUGUCGGUGGCUUUGCUCAGUGGCAGGAGGUGGGGGAAGGGAUGUAUGCACAUCACUGUAUGAAAGUCGAGAUAGGUUAUGAUCAAACUGGAUCCCUAGGAGUUGGGCUCUUUCCAAUGGGACAUUUCCAAACAGCUAUUUUUGAAUGCAAUUUAGCUCUCCAAGAAAUAGUUCAGCAUUGGGUAUUGCUGCUAUAGAAAAAGAAAAAAUGUAUGGACUUCGAACAGCAGGCACUGAAAAGCAUUGCCUGAAACACCUUAAUUCAGAGUACGUAAUGAAUUUAAGCAAACUAUUAGUAUCAGGAUGUUGUGAUGUAAUUCAUUAAAUGCCAAUGAACUCUUAUACUGCAAAGCUUAUGAUCAUAAGAGACUACUGGGGUAGCCAGUGAGGGAAGGAUAUGAGGGAACCCCCUCCCCCUCCUUUAUAGUAUCAAGCUCGUUCACUAUGCUUUGGCUAAUGUAGACUUAACAUAGGGCACCUAGUCACUGAAGAGAUUCAGUGAUGCAGUAUUCAUUCUCCUUGAAUCUUACAUGUAAAGACAGAAGUCUCAGUAGAGCAAAUAAAAUUUGCCCUUUGGAUCACCCAUUAUUUUAAGUUUGUUUCUUAAUAGGUCCCUACUGAUCCAAGUGUCCAACAUCAUUAAGGAAUCUUUUUCAGAGAUGUGUAAAUUGAUCCUACAAAUGCUUUCUCAAAUAAAUCCUUCUGAGUUCAGUGGCACUUAUUCCUAUGUGCUCCCAUGUGUACGAACCUCCAGUUUUCCUUUAAGCAUCCAUUCAGAAUGAUACACCAAAAAAACUGGGCAGGUCUCACCUGAAACAUGGAUGUUUUCUUUCUGGGUUUUGGGUGGUUUGAUACCCCUCACCUUCUACUGCCCAAUGGUGCUAAACUAGAAAGAUAAGAUCCGGAUCACCUGCUACUAGUGUUUUCUUUCAAUGGGAUAGCAUUUUGCUCUGGGUAAUUGGAUUCACAAAAGGCAGGCAGGCAUGAUUAUUUUUGGAUGUAUGCUUGUAAAUACAAGUCUUUUAAGUGUAUUAUUAUUUACUUUGUUUAUGUUACUGUCCAUAAAUGUCAUAGUGGUGUGUGUGAAUGUUGGGAGUGUAACUGUGUACACAUGUAUGAGUGUGACAAAGAAAUGAGUCUGAGGAUAAUGACAUGGGUGAGGAAGUUUUGUGCUUUAUUUUAAUCACAUGACCAAAAGGCUAUUCACUGGUUAAGAUUGUUUUGUUUGUUUGUUUUGAUCACAUGACCAAACACAGCACUUGAACAUCAAAAUUUUAAAAAAAUUAAAAAAUAUAUAAAAAUACAAAAAAAAAAAAAAGAGUUCAGAGCUUUUCACUCCAAUCCGGCACCUGGGACAUGCAUAGCUGAUAUCUCAACCUUUCCAGAUGAGAACCCUUAUGGCCGUCUUCAAGAGAAGAGACUGCCAAACAGGGGAGACUAGCAUUUCAAAGGGAAAGUUAAUGCCACUACAGCAUGUGUUGUGCCAUACAACGAUUUUCUGAAAAGAGUGCAAAUUGGUUUUAGGUCCAUGGCUGGUGUUAAAUCUAAAGAGAUUUCUGUUGUACAUGGUCAGUAUGUCUAUUCACAUCUCUGCAUCAUCACCCUGAGCUGCCACCUUUACAAAACGGAUGCCGGUUCACUUGGAAAGCAAGAGGUGGUCCCACCAGGACAUUUGGGGAGGCCUCAGAGACUUUGCAGGAGUGAAGCAAAAAGCCUGGACUUAAAACUGCUGAAUGUUCACUGUAAAAAAAAAAAUCUGUACUGAGAGACUGCUUUGGGCUAAGGUACCAUUUGCACUAUGAAGGUUAAAGAAAAUUUAAAGAGACUAGAAUGGAGUUUCCCUUAUGUGACACACCCUAGAGCUCAAGAAGAGAUACUUUUAUGUCUGUGCUUUCUCUUUUUGUAAUGGCUGUGUGUGAGGAUUAGUAUGUAUGAAUCUUAGCGUAGUUUCCUUCCUGCUGAAGGCAAUUCACUGUGUAGUUCUGCAAUCUCAGCAACUAUACACUGAUGUAUCUGACUUCCAAGCCACAAAGUGUCUUGUUACUGUCAUAUCAUUGAUCACAACUUUAAUAGGACAAACUAAACCAAUAGCUAAUUUCUUUGCAAAAUACAGUCUAGGUAUUUAUGUACAUCUUCAUGCUGGUACAUAGCGAUAGAAUUCAUCAGUUUCUAGCUAGCCUUAGCUUCCCCCGAGUUGUCAAGAAUGAGGGAGAAGAAUCUACAUCUUAAAUAAUUAGUUCGGGAGAGAAGGAUAAAGCUGAACUUCCAGCGUAACUACUGAUUUCUCCUAAUAUAUUAGGAAAUCAAGAGAGCUAGAUAUUUCUUUUUUGCUGCAGCAGCGAAAAAUGUGUCAACAGAAAAUUUGAUUCUUUAAACACCUGAAUUCUUCUGCAAGCGUUAUCACUCAUGCUGGUAUAACUUUCGAAGCAAAUUAGCUUUAUCUCUGUGUGCCAUCUGUAGAAGAGGGAUGUUGUAACUUCUGUUACAGCAACAUUGUUAGUCUUAAUUGGUGUAUUUUAAAACUUUAUAGAAUCCACAGAAGAACAAAAUGCUAAAGGCAUAAAAGCCAUUAAAGUUAUUUAGUACCCACUUCUUAGAAUAAUAUCAAUUGGUAUCUCUGCUGGCAUUCUUUUGACUUCAAAUGACUCAUCAUUCCAUCCCUUACUAUAUUUUGACAUUGCUGAAAGGAAAUUUCUUAAAUGGUUUCAUCACCAUUUAUCAAACACACAGUGCUCUGGAAUGUUUUACUUAACAGCUUUGGAGUUAUGACAAAUAUUUUCUCAGAAAAACAGUCUUUCCUCCUCAGAUGGAAAAGCUCCUAGUUGUUCAUUUCACUAAAAUCCCAAUAAAUGCUCGCAUUUUAAGCAGGCGUAUCUCCUGCCUUAGAGAGCUUCCUGACUGAAAUAUAAGAAUUAAAUUGAGGAGGCACUCCUUUACGCAGUGUUGAGGUCCGAACAACUGGGGGCUAUAACAACUGUUCUUUUUAUAUACAUAUUGGGGAAAAACGGAGCAAGAGGAAGAAAAACAAAACAAAAAUAAGAAUUGCCUUGGCUAUUUCUCUUCUGUGUUGUAUAAAUUAACUUGUUCUGUAACUGGCUUUAGUCUGUCUAGUGUAUCAUAACCAUUGAUUCUGGUUCAAUUUCUCUUUGUUCUUUUUUAGAUUUUUUUGUACAAUAAAUAUAUAUAUAUACAGCAAAAAUAAAUCUCCUUUUUGAUGAA